AUGGAAGAAACUACUGAAAGUUGUGAACCACCAACGAAAAGAUGUAAAAUAGAACAUUCCGAAGCAAUCGCAGAGGAUCAAUCGGAGGUUGAUCACAUUAACCGGCUUCCGUAUGAGAUUUUCUGCCAAAUAUUCCAAUUGCUCUACUUUAAGGAGCAGAAACAGUGCAGCCUGGUGUGUCAGCGCUGGUAUGCGAUUUUACGCUCCGAUCCAUUCAUUAACAAAAUUCGAUUCCACUUCAGCCAUUGCUUCGGAUUGCCCAUGAAGAUAAAUCGUCAGGAGUACAUGAACAAAUGCGUACACCUUGUGUUUCACGAUUGUGGCUCGUAUCCGGAUGUUGAAGCCCAAAAGGAAAUGAUGGACAUGGUACGGAAGGCACAAUCUGCCGGCGAUGAACCCGGCCCAUCAACCCGGGAAACUAAUGAAUUAAACUCAGAACAGUACCUUUUCUCCGGCAAACUACCGCUGAAGACGUUGGAGAUAAGAGCAUCGUUCGAUCGGAUGCGUCGCUUCCUGUCCGAUCGGUUACAGGCACUGAAAAAUCUGCAAGAACUGCAUUUAACCGUUUUGCCCGAAGCAUUGGAGGAUGUACCGGCGGAAAUAGCCCCGUAUUGGACAAUCGCACACGGUACACUUUCAUCGCUGGUUUGGGAACUGUACGAAAACACAAACGGGCACGAAAUCCAGCUUCCCGCGCUCGAAAAGUACCGGCUCGAAAUAGCGAGCGAUUGUGAUCUGAACACGUUGCGAAACCACAGCAGCCAACUGGUCGAGCUUACAGUGUGGUUCUACUUUGAGCGAGCAAUGGAACAAACUCUUACCUUGCCCUUUCCGAAGCUGAAAAGGCUAAUGGCGAAACGGUUCGAUAACAAACUUAACUCACCCGAACCGAACACACGCGUCGACGAUGCUUCGGCGGAACGUUUCAUUCGAAGUGCUCCACUACUGGAGGAUGUUUACCUCGAUUCGAACACGGUUACAUUCCGGCUGUUUCGUGCCAUUUGUCUGUUCGGUGCCGACACCCUGAAACGGCUAACGUUGCGCGAUGUCAUCUUUCCGCGCGAUUUGUUUAUGUUCAUUCUUGAGCUGAAGAACCUGGAAUUUCUAAGGCUCAAAAACUGCAUCCUCGAGGAAGGAAGCCGUCUACGAAUGGUGGAAUUUCCACGGUUGCAACAUCUGGAGCUCAUUUCUAGCGGGACCUGUUUCCGUCUCGAUCCAAGCUUUGGUCACAUUCGACGCAUGAAGUACAGCAUGGAUUCAGAGCUUUCCAAGCUAUGCCAAAAUUUUAUAAUGCUGGAAGAUUUGGAAGUGAAGCUACGCACCAAGGCACCGGUCGCCGAACACAUCCGAGAACGGUUCCGUUCGAUUGAGUCGCUAACGAACUUGCACACGUUGCGCAUCAAUGGCAUGCGAACAUAUACCCGUCCGUGGGCCUUCUGCACACCGAUGCCAGCGGUUAAACGGUUGGUUCUACGCAAGUGUCAUCUGUUGCGCUGUAAUUUUAAGGAUUUGCGCAAACUAUUUCCGCACCUUCGUGUGCUCGAACUGGAUGCAACCUGCAUCGCGUACAAACGGCUACCGGCCGGUGUAAAACCAAUGUUACAUUUGCGGUGCCGAUUGAAAGAGGUUUUGCCCGAUUGUUGCGUGACGGUGAAUACCGCAUCGACAGCCGAACCGGUGAGUACGGUGUUGAAGAUGGAAGAUGAACGCGGGUGGAAGCUGCACAUGAUCGAAACGAAAGGUAUAGAAAUGAUAAAAUUAAGGAAAGAUAGAAAUAAGGUUAAUUAA